UAAAGAAACAACCCGGACCAUUUACAUGACGGACGUCACGGUACUCCUUUGUGGUUAAUCAUAAUUCAGAGAAUUUCAGACUUGUCAAUUAUGAGCGUAUCGAUUUGUACAUGCAAAGUAUCACCGGUGGUACAAGUAUGUCCGAAAUAGCAUUGGAUGAGGUUUCAGUUUUAUCAGCAAUUUAUUGCGAAAGGGACGAGUUUGCAUUGCUUGAGCAGUCAGAGGAAAAGGGCACCCUUUUCCAAAUCCGUAUCAUGGUGGCAGACCGUUCGGAAGGGAAGUCACUGAAUCUGCUUUUCCAGUUGCCCCCUGAGUAUCCAUCCUGUGUGCCCAUUAUCUCUGUCAACUCAGAGCAGCUCACUAGAAAGCAGUGCCAAGGCAUAAAGCAGAAAUUGCUAGAAAAGGCUUCCGGCCUUGUAUCAGAGCCCAUGGUCCACCAGUUGCUGCUCUGGCUUCAGCAAAAUGUCGACAACGUGAUCAGCCUGGAGCCGACCCCCAGGCUAGUGAGCACCCCUGGGAACGGUGAGCAGUGUUCAGAAGAUGGAACUUGGAUGGCGCUGCUCUUGAUUGAUCACAUGAGAUCCAAAGCUAAAUAUAUUAAAGCAAUUGAAAAAUGGACAUCAGAAUUGGAACUUACUGGUAGACUUUUCCUGGGAAGGCUGAUAUUGAUUUUGCUGCAAGGAACAAGGAGACACAUAAAGGAAUACCUUCAUCUUCUGAAGACGACGAAGGUCGAUGUCGAUUCAUCGGGGAGACGAUGUAAGGAGAAGAUGAUGAGCGUCCUCUGCGAAAAGCCAUUACUGGAGGAACACAAAGAGCUUACAGCUUUCAAAGUUAAGGAGUUCUCCUCUUUAGAGGAGUUGAGAAAGGAGUUUGACUCCCUGGGACUGUUGAAGUUGUACCAAGAGUUUGUGAACACGUCGCUCUAAUUGUGCUUUUUUACGAUCUCGCUGACCCCGAUCAAGUGGAACGCUUUCGCCGCAGACGAGAAGCCUCUUAUCACCCGUGUUAAUGAUGCUCAUUAUCUCAGCCUCAAUAUGAAAUAAAUGUAGCCAUAGAAAUAAAUCCAUUUGAGUUUUUUUUAUGGUUAUUGGGGGGAAAAAAAAACCCUCAGAGUAGAGUAAUCAGAGUUUGAACACUAUGCAUAGGUCUUGGAUUUAAAUGAUCUGUUUCAGUAAUGUAGUCUGAAAGCUUGCUUUCUCUUUCUUUAGUUGUCUGUAGUUAUUUAAAAAUAAGUCACGAUUAAACUUCUUUCUGGUCCCUUU